CUAAGUGGGGCUAGACGCCGCAGAGGAAGUGGGGCUAGACGCCGCAGAGGAAGUGGGCCUGCUGGACGGAGUUGGCGUGCGGUUUGUGUCCAGACCGGCUGCACCAUGUCGAAGGUUUCCUUUAAGAUCACACUGACGUCGGACCCGCGGCUGCCGUACAAAGUACUCAGUGUUCCUGAAAGUACACCUUUUACAGCAGUCUUAAAGUUUGCAGCAGAAGAAUUUAAAGUUCCUGCAGCAACAAGUGCAAUUAUUACCAAUGAUGGAAUAGGAAUAAAUCCUGCACAGACUGCUGGAAAUGUUUUUCUAAAGCACGGUUCAGAACUGCGAAUAAUUCCUAGAGAUCGUGUUGGAAGUUGUUAAUAUCUGCUGCUUGGAACAUAAAAUCCCCUUCCAGAAUAAAUAUUGGUAUUGUUAUUGUUGUAAAAUUGGAAUCAGGCAUUUGAAACCCUAUGAAGACACCAGUAGUUGAUGAAGUAAUGAAAGGUGACUGUCUGUCCCUUCUUGUUAUUCACGCUCUUCACGUGAAGAGGGGCGGCUUCUGCGUUGAGGGUGUCAUCACCACGGAAGAUCACAUUACUACCUCACAGCACACACAGGUAGUUCAUUGGGGGUAAAUGGAUUAUCCAGCUGUGUCUUAUAACUGGAGGAUACUUCUGAUCAUUCUUUCUGAGAACAUUUGGAAAAUUAAAGUUUACUGAAUCUUCCUGUUUGUCUUUGAGUUAAAAAUGUAAAAAGAUUUUCAAUCCGUACGUGGUAGUUUGCUUGAUAGCAUCUGACCUGCAGACACAAAAAUAGUUGAAUUCUUCAUUAUAUAUCGUUUAUGAUAAAGGAUCACAUCAAUGAAUAACUAUCUUUUUAUCAUUUAGCUUGUUUUGAAGUUUCAGACUUCUGGAGUUCUUAUAAAUUUUAAUUUAAAAAUCAAAGAUCCAAAAAUUGAAUUUUCGAUCUAGCCCAUUACGUGUAACAUUGGUAUCCCACGCCAAAGAGUUUAAUUGAGAUUAAAGUAGAAGCAUCAGCUGCUGAAUUAUGCAUUCUUUAUUGAUCUCUUCUUUAAAAAAACCUUUAAAACAGGAAUCCUCAAGAAACCAUCUUUUUGAGGAUAAUAUUUCUAAAUAGUGUUCAGGGAGAAAGUAUUGUUGUAAAGAGGAUCUGACAUUCACAACAGAGCUCAAGGAAAUGCUAAUUGAAAUGCUCACUAAUUCUACUUACUGAAGACCCAACAUUUAAGGAAGUGUUAAGAUUAGUUACUGGAGUGAAUAAGAAGCUAGGAAAGGAAGAUGGGGAAGCCCAGAUGACCAGGCUUAUGGUAAGAAGGAAAGAGGGCUUCCCUGGUGGCGCAGUGGUUGAGAAUCUGCCUGCCAAUGCAGGGGACACGGGUUCGAGCCCUGGUCUGGGAAGAUCCCACAUGCCGCGGAGCAACUAGGCCCGUGAGCCACAACCACUGAGCCUGCGCGUCUGGAGCCUGUGCUCCGCAACAAGAGAGGCCGCGAUAGUGAGAGGCCCGCGCACCGCGAUGAAGAGUGGCCCCCGCUUGCCACAACUAGAGAAAAGCCCUCGCACAGAAACGAAGACCCAACACAGCCAUAAAUUAAUUAAUUAAUUAAUUUUUUAAAAAAAAAAGGAAAGAAACAAAAAUGAAGGGGAGCAGAAAGCUGUAACAGAGUGUCACAGAGAAGGCCAAGCUGGAUAGACAAAACUGCAGCGGCUAUGUUGGGAAGAACUGAAAGGAAAAUAAAAUACUUGACAUUGUUAUAAGGAGCAGAAGGCAAUCAGAGAAAGCAAAGCAGAGGCCUUGUCAACAUACAGGUUUCACAAUUCCCCGUAGAGAAUCUAAAGGAUGACGUGCAUAAGGGAAGAUUUUGUUUGACCUUAUACAGGACAUCAAUAUCCAUGCACAUCUUGAAAGGUGAAACGAAGGCUCAUAGUGAUUGAGAACCAGUGCUUGACUUGCUGUAUUCUAGAUGGUAAGCUCUGGAGGCAGGCCUGGUGUCUGUCUUGCUCUUUCUAGGCCUGGAAAUGUAGGCCUUCAAUGAAUAUGUGUAGAAUUAUUCAUGAAUAAAGUAUUUCUAAAACCCAUUUUUAUCUAAGUGUGCAUAGGCUCUAGGUUCAUUGGGAAAAAUAUAAUGCAACAGAAUCAGUAUCCGAAAAGUAAUAUUGGUUAAGUUUAAGGAAGUAACUAGAUAUUGUUCAUAUAUUUGACAAAUGAACAGCAGGAUUCUGAAUUGUAAGCGGAAAAAAAAUUGUGCUGAGGUAGUAUGUUGCUAAUGUUUGGGGAAUUUUUUAUUUUUAUAAACAAAGUCUGAUGCUUAAAGACUCCUGGUCUUUAACAACGUUAAGCCUCAGUUAACCAGAAAUUUAUGAAUACCCAGUUUCUGAAUUUUCUGUUUUAUUUAGAUUUCCCCCAUUCUGUUUCUAGCACAAAAUUCUGCCUAAUUUGUUACAUUAAUAAGUUUUAUGAUGUCUUCUACCGUAAUUUGUUUAAUAUUUUUGUUCUUUGGUUGGAAAAUUGUAUUGCAGUAAGGUCUUAAAAAAUAUUUUCUUAAAGAACUAGACAUUUUGUUAUUAAAUAAAUGUGAUCUGUAACUUCUUUGUGCAGAAUGUUUUGAAGUGUUGUAUUUAGUUUAAAUGCUUUAUUGGUACUCUUGUGAAAAUACAUUUUCUUAUACCAUAAA